AUAAUUUUGAAUUCUCCUCAAAACCCCCCCUUUUCUCUCUGUCUCACACCCUCUCUCUCUCGAGAGCCGCAGGCGAGAGAAAGAAAAUGGUUUCCUUCAAGGGUAAAGAAACAAAAAUCAGCGCUAUUUCCACUCGAAUCCUCGACGAGAAUCGAGCUCCCAAGAACAGUUUGAAGAGGGCUGACGAUCAAUAUGGACGAGCUACAGGGAAGGUUCCAAUGGCGAGUUUGCGGAAAUCUGGGUUUCUUAGUUCAUCAGCAGCGGGGACAACUAAGAUUGAUUUGAAUCGUGGCAAGGGAAAGGUGCAGGGUUUGGAGAAUUCUAUGGCAAAAUGUGAAAUUUCUGUCAAAUCAAGGGCUGGAAGAAAAGCAUUGGUUGACAUCAGCAAUUUGAAGAAAAGUAGAAGCAACCAAUGUGGACAUGAGCUGAGUAAUAAACCCAAAAUAAUGAAAGAAAAGUUAGUGGGAAGUAAUUUAUCUCAAGGCAAGACAACUGGAAUUCAUCGGCCUAGGGUUUCUUUGACAAAGAGCGUGGUGAUAGCAAGUGUGUUGAGCAAACCCGUCAAAGAAAAUACAAAAAGUUCAGUAAGAGCUAAUGGCAGAAAUACACAUGUUGAGUGUAGCAUGAGAAGAAAAGCACAUAUUGAAACCAGCAGCUGUCAGGGCCAUCGGGUUAACCAGCCACUUGACAGUUCAAAACCAGUCAAAAAUCAGGGUGUAAAGCUUUCACGGCCAAGGCUGUCAUUUGCAACUCAGAGAGCUUUGGAUGCAAACAUCUUAUCAAGAAAACCUGUUGGGAUAAAAGCAACCAGCUUACAGACCAACUCAAAAUUGAGAAGCACUCUUAUGACCAAGUAUAAAUCCAAUGUUGAAAUAUCGAUCACUGAUAAUGCAUGUGUAAAUGAGAUAGCAGCAGAACCAAACAGUUUCGGUCCUGGUGAUAACGAAUUAGUGAGCUCUCAAGAUGGUCUAUCAAAAGCUGAGUCUGAUGGCAAAAGCUGCUCCAUUGACACUGUGAAGGCCAUUAUUUCAAAACCAAAAUGCAAGCGUCGGAGAUCUUAUACAUCAUCAUUAGUGGCAAGAUCAGAGACCCCAGGAAAUUUUUCUGAGACUUCUAACUUUAUUGGGAAGGACGUCAAUAUUGAUGACAAUAUGAACCCCUUAGAGGUCACGGAAUACGUUGAUGAUAUCUAUCAGUAUUAUUGGGCUAUGGAGGUACAGAAUUUGUUACCAGCAAACUACAUGACCAUACAGUCAGAUAUUACUCCUAGAAUGAGGGGCAUUCUUGUCAACUGGUUAAUUGAAGUACACCUAAAAUUUCAGCUGAUGCAAGAGACCCUUUUUCUCAUGGUUCAGUUGCUGGAUAGAGUGCUUUCUGUUGUUCCAAUAAAAAAGGAUCAAUUGCAGAUGGUUGGCCUUGUUGCGCUUCUGCUGGCCUCUAAAUAUGAAGACUAUUGGCAUCCAAAGAUAAAUGAACUGAUCAGCAUAUCGGCAAAUUCUUACACGAGGGAUCAGAUGCUUGCCAUGGAGAAGCUUGUUCUCAGACAGUUGAGUUUCCGAUUAAAUUUGCCUACUCCGUAUGUCUUCAUGUUGAGGUUUCUUAAAGCUGCACAAUCCGACAAAAAGCUUGAACAUUUGGCUUUCUACCUUAUUGAAUUAUGUCUUGGGGAGUACGAAGCUUUGAAGUAUAGGCCAUCCUUGCUGUGUGCAUCAGCAAUCUAUGUUGCACGCUGCUCCCUGCAAAUUACCCCAGCUUGGACAGGACUUCUAAGGAAAUAUGCACGAUAUGAAGAAUCACAACUUAGGGUUUGUGCAGAGAUGAUACUGAGAUUUCAUAAAGCUGCUUGUUUGAAACCAACACGAAUUACCUAUGAUAAGUACCUAAGCCCAGAUCGAAGUUGUGUUGCUGCCCUAACUGCGAUCAAUGAGCUUCCUUGAUCAAGUUAGAAUGGUUAAAUUUGUGAAUCUGUAACGAGCCCCUUGUCUUGCACAAUUUUUCUUUGGCAUGUCAAAUGCUAGAUUGAGUCCUUACUAAGUCUUGUUGUAAAUUUGUGGGCUGCUUACAGAAUCUAUGUUUUGUUUGAGAUAAAGCUAAUAUGAUCUAUAUUGAGUGAUCAUUCUUCUUUU